AUGAUAUCGUUCGCAGAACUAACGAAACAAGUACAUUUAAUCAAUGAUUUGAUUUUAUCAGAUAUGAUAUGCGAUGGUUACGACUUCGCAGAAGAGACAGUUAUCCUGAGCAAACAUCUUUUGGCUACAAAAUACUGGUUCGCAAGGAUAUCGUUCGCGAACAAGAAGCGGUAUUUACUUGCCCUGCUGCAGGAUGUGCGCAGCGCAUGGGCAUUGUCGCUGCUCCUCAAAUCUCUAUGGAACUGCAGGCUCAAAGACGCAGUAAUGUCCGUCAGCGAACCGGGACAUUGCUUGAGCAGCUUCGACCAAGUACCGAUGGACCAUAACAGGACCGCAUUACCAGUGGCCACUUUAGCUCAAGUCAUGAAGAAUGACCGUACAUGGUUUCUCUCAUUAGAUCCGGAGUCCCAAGCUCUGGUCCUAUCUGAACUGCUGACUGUGGCUGGUGGACCUGCCAUGUGUGAAAUACUUCAUCGAGCUCAAAUCCUUUAUGACCGCUACAGGGAACAACUGAUGCCUCACAUGCAGGAGUGCGCUGCCGUACAGGAUGCAGACAAGAUGAAAAAUCCGCACACCAAGUCAGCGACUUCGCAACCUGUGCACGUAGAGGCCACUACUAAAGCAGAAAAAGAACUUGAGGCAAAUUUGGCAACGUGGAACGCAACUAUCAAAGCAAUGAAGGAUAGUUUGAAAUUAGAAGAGUUUGAGAUAAACUUGAGUGAUGGUACCAAACGUACAGUCUGGAAGGUGAAUCGACCUAAACCCGAUAUUAUGGAGACUGUCGAUUUUGUUCAACUUCUACCAUCUGCGGUGGGUAAAAGAAUAUUAUCAUUUUUACCCCGUGCGCAACUAGGAGAUUACGCUAAAGUUAAUAAAUACUGGGCAUAUCUCGUCGAUGAAUACCGCGCUGAACUAGCGGCCAGAGUCAAGAUAGAUAUUGAUUUUACGAAAAUGAAUGACAUUCUGCUUAAGCACGACGUGAGUUUAGAUGAUUUCAUGGAUCAGAGCGAACCACCUUUUCCCUUGUUGAGUGACCCUGGAGGGGUAAGUGUGAUUUUGAACAGACUCAAGCUCGGAGCACCAAGUUGUAAGGCCAGUGAGAAGUCUGGUGGGGCAUACUCUUUGAGACACAUUAGCGAGAAGCUGCUGACUCCUAAAACAGUAAUAGCCCAAAAACCAAUACGAAACAUGGCAGAUCUAUAUGAACGGGUUGAACAAAGAGGAGCAAUCGAUGAACACAUUUGGGAAUGGUGCGAGAAUAUUGAAGCGGAUGUUAUUAGAGUACGUAAACGGAAAUAUAAAAAGCAAGGACAAACAUCACAACAAGCGUCAAAGAAACAAGAGGAAGGAAUAUUAAUAUUAGGAAACGUACAUUUCCCCUGCCCUUUGAUGAAGCUAAGCUUAGUGGUGCCACUUGAACCACCGCUAUACAAAGAUCCGGCCAAGCUUGACAAGUCUUAUUUAAUGAAGUCAAAGAGACACCCCGAUAAUACAGUGUCGCACGUGAAAGCUGAGCGGGUAAAGCGUUACAAUUUGUGGACCAGAGAUGCCUCGUCAUUGUUUAAAGUCCUUAAAAUACCGUCAUAUAACUUUUCGCGAGUUUGA